ACGAUCAAUGAUUUGAGUGAAAAUAACGUCCCACGUACCCGGGGAUAUACCGCUGUUCGUAGAAACUGAACGUAAUGUGUAAAACAUACGUAUAGUUAGAAAAUAGAGCAAUAAUUAUCUUGUGAAAAAAACUAAUAUUAGUACGCACAACUACGUGUGUGAGAACAGAACAUGGAAAAGAGUCAGCCACCACCAUAUACUCCACAUCCGGAACCACCACCUCAAUCUACUCCCUAUCCGCAGCAUCAUCCGCACCAUGGAUCCCCGCCUCCUCCUGGAUUUGUUCCAACUCCCACAGUGCAUACCAUUAUUGUAUCGACUCCACUUGGUCCGACACCAUGUCAUGUAACGUGUCCAAAUUGCAGAUGUGAGAUUGUGACAACGGUAGAUUCACAUCCGAAUACGAAAACACAUUUAUUCGCAUUUUUAUGCUGUUUAUUUGGUGGCUGGAUAUGUUGUUGCAUUCCAUAUUGUGUUGAUUCUUGUAUGACUCAGACACACACAUGUCCAAACUGCGGUGCCUUCAUUGGAGAAUACAGCAAUUAGAUGAGAUUAUAAGUUCGAGUGAUUAGAGGUUUAAGUGGAUGAGUAUAUGUAUUUUACAAAAAUUUCUUUAUGGUUUUCUCACAAUAUAUUUUUAAAUAUUAUUAAAAUGAGAAAAAAUUUAUAUGGCAUAAGCAUAAGCUUAAGCUUAAACUAUAAAGUUUAUAUUAAAACUAAAAUGAUGGAUCAAAAUAAAAUUGAGAUGUUAUAAAAUUUUAAAUAUAAUAAUUUAAACAAUA